CGUUUGUUUGCCCGGAUAAGUGACUUGAUAGGAUUAAAAAUUAUCUGUCUAGCUGUUUGGCAAUCUGGAUUUCUAUGGAUUGGAAAUUUCAAUUCCUAUCAGAGUAGGAUAUAUAAUCCUGUUGAAUAGGUGGGAUAAGAAGUGGAUAUAAAUUUUGAGAGACAUUGACCCUAUCGCGAAACAGAUACGCGCCAAGCCGCCGACAACAACCACCGGCCUUCCAUCUUCAUCCCAUCCUAGGUGGCCAAUACCAUUCAAUUCUGGCCAUAUCCGGCAAAACCCAGCCAAGUUCGCCGACAUCUUCCUCUUCAGCUAAGUUCCGCCAAUCUCCGGGCAAUUUUCGGUCCUCUCUGACCUCCAUUACAUCUGUAUUCUUCGUCUCCUGCCAAUCCAACGUUCUUUCUAUAUUUUUUUUCUUUCUGAAAAGGAGAGAGUUCCAAUCCAAUUCAAAAUCUGAUGUAACAAACAAAGUAUAAGGUUAAGAAUUUCUUCGCCAAUCCAAUCCAAUUAUCUAUCCUAGUCCAUUCCUAUCUUGGUUGCCAAACGUGGCCUUAGUGUCAGUGAAGCAGGGUUGUUUUAUGGGAUUGAAGGAUAGCCUCGAGUGGUUGUUGGCCUUUGGUGUUUGGUGUGCUGCUGUUGGAGCCCUUUCAUCUUUCCCAAUAUUUAACUUUCUCCAUCUCUUUGUCUGAAUCAGCAACCUAGCAAGCAAACCCAGAUAUCCCAAAAUGGGUUAUGCACAGCUAGUUAUUGGCCCUGCAGGCAGUGGCAAGUCCACUUAUUGCUCCAGUUUGCACCGACACUGUUUAGAUAAUGGAAGGACUCUACACAUUGUUAACUUGGAUCCUGCUGCAGAGCAUUUUGACUACCCUGUGGCUUUGGAUAUCAGGGAGCUUAUUAACUUGGAUGAUGUUAUGGAGGAACUUGGACUGGGUCCCAAUGGUGGACUUAUGUACUGCAUGGAACACCUUGAAGAUAAUCUGGAUGAUUGGCUUGCGGAGGGGUUGGAGGAUUACCUGGAUGAUGACUACUUAGUUUUUGACUGCCCAGGCCAAAUAGAACUUUUUUCUCAUGUGCCUAUGCUUCGGAACUUUGUGGACCAUUUAAAGAGCAAGAGUUUCAACGUUUGUGCCGUAUACUUGCUUGAUUCACAGUUCAUGACUGAUGUGACCAAGUUUAUCAGUGGGUGCAUGGCAUCUCUUUCUGCAAUGGUUCAACUUGAAUUACCGCAUGUUAACAUUCUCUCCAAAAUGGAUCUUGUGACGAACAAAAAGGAUAUUGAAGAUUUCUUGAAUCCAGAGCCCCAAUUUUUGUUGUCAGAGUUGAACAAACGCAUGGCUCCUCAAUUUGCAAAGCUUAACAAGUCUUUGAUGGAACUGGUUGACGAUUAUAGCAUGGUGAGUUUUGUGCCACUUGACUUGAGGAAGGAGAGCAGCAUAAAAUAUGUAUUGGCUCAAAUUGAUACCUCGAUUCAGUUCGGAGAAGAUGCUGAUGUGAAGGUUAAGGAUUUUGAUCCAGAAGAUCCAGAAAACGACAGCUGAUUAUACAUUUUAACCUUUUGAUCCAGACAUAAUUGUUGUAGCUCGAAAUUUGUGAGAAGUGAAGGUGGUGAAUUCGUGGUGUCAUUGUCAAUAUUUAGGGCCAAAUUAUGAAAACUCUUCCUUGAAUCAUGACAAUUAUAUGAAAGAGUAAUUCUAUGGAGGAACGCAUUUUUUUGAUAAAGCGUACCGCAUGAACUUAUUAUGUGGUUUGGUUUGAGGAGUUCAAUAUGAAUGAUGAAUGCAUUUUAGCAUGAAUCUUUUGGUUAACCAUAUCAA